AUGGACGAAGAUUCGCAUGAAUUUGGGUUGGAAGAUGUUUUCGUUGUACAGCCGUAUAUGUACGAACCAGAACCUGCUACUGAGAACGAUGAAAUUGUUUCAAGCGAGGAAGAUUCUGAGCCUGAGGAAGAUUUCGACCUCGAAGCCGGGGAAAACGAACGACUGGAAAAUCUCGAUUGUCAGCCACACAAAUCUGAGAUCAGGAACGCUGAUCAAGCCACAUGGCUAGAAAUGGAUUACACAGAUAUCUCAAACAAUCAAGGUCUCUUUCAUCUGUGUAUUGUGUUUCAGUUGAAUCAGGAGUGUAAAUGUUGCCACGAGUUUCCAGACCUAGCCGAGAAACUCGAUGGUUUUACAUGUAUAACACAACACCCUGGUUUUGUUGGAAACUGCUUGAACAGAGAUGUUGUGGAAGUGUCCUUCUAUGAAUUUCUACAACGGAAUGGGCCUAUUGGAGAUGAGGAACCUGUUCAUGAAACAUACAGAUAUGUGGCCUAUCGCAGACUGGCACGUUGGAUUUGGCAUCGUCUCGCAAAACAUGACAGACGUGUGUUACCUUCCUGUGCAGUUACUGCUAUCAGAGCUAACUUCCCUUCUGAGGAAUACACUGGGUACAGAUAUGCUCGGAACUUAUAAUUAUUUCAUUGUCCUGAAAAUCUGGACCUGUGAGCGAGAAUCGCAUCUGACUUCAAAACAUGGCUUGCUCCUGACGAAAGUGGUGGUGGUGAGAUAUACAGUUUAUGAGCAGCAUCCUGUGCUUUCCUGUGAGAGUUGUACGUCUUGCGCAGUCGAAUGAGCUCUGUAUUCAGAUCAUCAAUAUAGUCUGAAAUAACCACAAAAAUAGACUUUUCAAUGUUACAUAUAAGAAAAUGUUUUUGUUUUAAAGUGUUUAAUAUGUAAACAUGAAAUUAAAUGUAAUACAGUUA